AUGGUAUGCUUAAGGUGUGAUUGCAAGCGAUCAGGAGGUGUUUCACCUGUUACCACCAGCUCUAGAUCAGAUAUGGGAUAUAGCAAUGGGAGCUAUGCGAAUAAGAGUGAUCUAGUUAGCAGGCUGGCUGCGAAUGAAAAGAAGGCACAGCAGUGGCAUAACAAUGUUUCUCAGAUGGACAAGUCUUUGGACAGGAACAGUGCCUUAGCGGAUGAAGAUUUUCCUGAAAUCAUGCCAUUGAGGAAAGGAGUGAACAGAUUUGUUGUCAGCACAAGGAAGACUCCACUGGAAAGGAGGCUGGCAAAUUCUCAAUACCAAGAAAACACAGGUACUGAUGGCACCCAGGAGAGUAAUGAUAUUCAAAGCACUGGUACAACCAAUCCCCGUAACCAAAAUAUGAAUCGGAGCCCGACUUCCCAACAAUUUAGUGCCCCUAGAGGAAGCACUUCCAAUUAUGUUCCAUUUGUGCCAUUGCCUGCUGACAUGUUUGCCAACAAACCUGAGAAUUCAAAGAUGGAGGAGGGCGAGAAUGUGGAGGCAGACAACUAUGAGUCUCUUACUUCAAGCAACGGUGAGCAGAAAGGUGUUAUUUCUGAGCAGCAACCCUCCAAGAUUUCCAUGGACCAGACUCUGAAUGAUGAUAAUGAGAAAGAACUGGCUGAAAAAUCAGAGAGAUGGUUUAAGAGGAUUGCGGAGUUGCAUAAUGUCACUGAUCUGACUAGUGCAAUUUCAGAUGAGGACUUCCCUGAGAUCAUGCCAUUGCGUAAAGGAGAGAAUAAAUUUGUUGUUAGCAAGAAGAAAGAUCGGUCUCUGACUUCUCCAAUGUACAAGAGACGGACAGCCAUAGAGCAAGCUAACAACACCAAUUCUGUACCCUUUGUCCCCUUCCCUCCAAACUACUUUGCUAAAAAGGAUAACCAGCAACCAGAUGAUGUGGAUUCCCAUGAUAAAGGUGUCGGUGAAACUUUCAGUUCUGCAACUCCGGAGAAGCCUCCCGAGAAGUUGGAUGAUGCUAGACUUGGGGUAACCAAUGCAGCUCAGGAGGGCAAUACAGGGAGCUUGUCUGGGGAGAACUUGAGUGAUUUAAAGGAAGGAGCCACUUAUGGGGAACCAGCUAGUGGAAAUUUUACCCAAAAUUUUAUUGAUCCCCAGCCUGCUAGCAGGAAUAAUUGGAACACUGGAAACUACAGGAACACGAAUGUCACUGGGACAUCAAAUCUAAUGGGGAACUCAGUGCAAAACUUCAAUAAUCCCCCAUCAAAUAGCAAUGACAGUGAGAGUAGUGGAUCCUCCUGGAAAGAGAAUAUCAGUGAGAAGACAAAUUUAAUGGGAACUGCACCUCAAUCAUCUAAGAAUCAGAAUGUAGGGGAUAGCUGGACUGGAAAGAGCUUGGAAGGUUCGGCAGUAAAGGAACCAGAUCCUUUGGACAUGUCUGAAGAGGCCAAAGCAGAAAGGUGGUUCCGACGUGUUGCGCAGAUCAAGGACAUCUCGGAGCUCAGUCAGAUCCCAGAUGAGGAUUUCCCAUCAAUAAUGCCAAUGCGGAAAGGAGUGAAUAGAUUUGUUGUGAGCAAACGAAAAACACCAUUGGAGAGAAGGUUGACAUCUACUCAGUAUAGAAGAAAUCUUCCAAUUGUCAGCUCUGAUCCAGUGAAGGAAAAUGACAGUAGCUGA